AUGUCGACCAAAACCCCCGUUCUAACCGAUAAGGCCCCCAAACCCCUCCCAGGCAUCUACAGCCAGGCCAUCAUCGCCAACGGGGUGGUCUACUGUUCUGGCGCGGUGGCUCUGGACCCCGCCACAGGCAAGUUGAUCGAGGGGGAUAUCAAAGCUCAUACUCAUCAAUGCAUCAAAAACCUUACACACGUCCUCGAAGCUGCCGGAACAACCAUCGAUAAGGUGGUCAAGGUCAACGUCUUCCUCUCUGAUAUGGACGACUUUGCGGAGAUGAACUCCGUGUAUACGCAGUACUGGGGGGAUAUAAAGCCCUGCAGAACUUGCGUGGCGGUCAAGACGUUGCCUCUCAAUACCGACGUGGAGAUCGAGUGUGUAGCGGUGUUGUAG